CAGCAACACAACCCUGCCCGUAAAACCCUACUCAUGCAUUACCAAGUGUUUCAUCAUACUCAUCUCCCACCAUAUCCUAAAACCAUGUCCACCAUUACAAACCACACCACUUUCUUCCACCUCCAUAUCACCACCUCCCACCACCGUCAUCGCCGCCCUAUUCCACCAAUACGAGCCACAUUAUCCAAUGAUGAAACCCAACCCACCCGCCGGAGACUCAUCAUAGCCACCUCCAUCUCACUAUUAGGUUUAAAAACCCUUAAUUCUGAUGUAGCAUUAGCCGAAAACUGGGGCACCAGAUCGUUCAUUAGGGAGCGGUUUUUCGAGCCGGGGUUGUCACCAGAAGAUGCGGUGGCUCGAAUUCGCCAGACGAGGGAGGGGUUGCAUAGCAUUAGAAACAUGUUGGAGACAAUGUCAUGGAGGUAUGUCUUGUUUUAUAUAAGAUUAAAGGCGGCGUAUCUUUCGCAGGAUUUGAAGAAUGCGAUGUCGAUGGUACCGGAAUCCAAGAAAAGUUCGUACGUUAAAACUGCUAAUGAGUUGGUUGAUAACAUGUCUGAGUUUGAUUAUUAUGUUCGGACGCCGAAGGUGUAUGAAUCUUAUCUAUACUACGAGAAGACGUUGAAAUCGCUUGAUGAUCUUGUGGCGGUACUAGCUUAGUACCAUGUAUAAAUGAUGUCAAAUGAUCUUGUUUUUUGAUGUAAAAUGAACAUAAAGUACAAGAAAGUUUAAAUUGCUUACAAUGCA